CUAUUUUCAAACGACCAUCCCAAUGCUGGAAGCUCUCUUUAUAAAUCAAACUCUGGUUAGGUGGUAGACCUUACUUUCAGUAACAAACUCACCUUGGCCUUCUCGCCCAUCUCUCACCGCACCGGCAAUGACUCCCACCGGAAUUCUCGCCGGACUCUUCCUCGUUUUAGCAUUGUACUGUGGUAUCGACCCAUUUAAGCACAGUGCAAUCUCAGAUUUUCCAGAAUUCAAGGCAAUCAAAGUUGACAUGCCUGAUUGGUCACUUGUUCCUACUGACAAAGACAAAGAUAACUUACUCCAAAGAUCUGAAAUUAAGUUCUUGAAUCAAGUUCAAGGCCCUGAGAGUAUCGCCUUUGACCCUCUUGGCCGCGGGCCUUACACUGGUAUUGCGGAUGGCAGAAUUGUCUUCUGGAAUGGUCAGAAAUGGACUGAUUUCGCUUACACUUCAUCUAAUAGGUCAGAAAUAUGUGAUCCAAAACCUUCGCCUUUGAGUUAUUUGAAGAAUGAACACAUCUGCGGUAGGCCUUUAGGGCUUCGAUUUGAUAAGAAAACCGGUGAUUUAUACAUUGCUGAUGCAUAUCUUGGACUGAUGAAGGUGGGGCCAGAAGGUGGUUCGGCAACUUCACUAACAACUGAGGCUGAAGGAGUCCCACUGAGGUUUACCAAUGAUCUAGACAUUGAUGAUGAAGGGAACAUUUACUUUACAGAUAGCAGUACUCAAUACCAGAGGAGGAACUUCAUGCAAUUGGUUUUUUCUGCGGAUGAUAGUGGGAGGGUUCUAAAGUACAAUCCAACUACAAAGGAAACCACUGUCCUUGUGAGGAAUCUUCAAUUUCCAAAUGGUCUGUCCUUAAGCAAGGAUGGUACCUUCUUUGUCUUCUGUGAAGGAUCCAUUGGCAGAUUGCGCAAGUACUGGCUGAAGGGCGAGAAAGCAGGGACUUCAGAAGUAUUAGCCAUCUUACCAGGGUUUCCUGACAAUGUCAGAACAAAUGAAGAGGGUAACUUUUGGGUAGCAGUUCACUGCCGCCGAUCGUUAUACACUUACAUAUGUGCAUUAUACCCAAAACUGAGAAUGUUCAUGCUCAAGCUUCCAAUAUCAGCAAAGAUUCAAUACCUGCUUCACAUUGGGGGCCGGCUUCAUGCAGUGGCUGUAAAAUACAGCCCAGAAGGUAAGAUCUUGCAGAUAUUGGAAGACAGUCAGGGGAAGGUUGUUAAAGCAAUCAGCGAAGUGGAAGAGAAGGAUGGGAAACUGUGGAUGGGGAGUGUUCUCAUGCCUUUUAUUGGAGUUUACAACUUGGCUUGAGAUAAGUAUUAUUCCGACAAAGCAGUCAUUGCACCUUUUUAGUCUUGCUCUUCCCUGGCCUGUUGAAAGUGGAAAUCUGUCAAGAACAUGCAUCUGUUUUCAGGUUAUCUUCUCUGUCGUUUGAAUUUAGAUCAUAUGCCUCUACGAUGAUCAUACCCAGAUUUUUAUGAAUUUUGAGUUGAUUACUUAGUAUGUUGUGAUUUUAUUUUAUAGCAAAAGAAAAUAUAAAUGAAAAUUUCUUGUUUCCAGUAUAGUAGUUAAGUAUGUUUAAAACAAUAUAAAUGGAGUAGCAGUAUUCUUAUGUUUUA